UGUCACUAAGGGCUUUUUUUUAUUACCCAUUGUGGCCACACACACAAACUUGAGAUAUGCCAUUUACCUGAAGAAACUGCAUCUCAUCUCAAGUAAGAGUAGGUUAUAGUAGGGAACAGACCGCGCCCUCCUCCAGUCGGCAGGUGGAUCCCACAGUGUAACAGCUGAUCCUCACUGUUAUUGGGUUUCUCCACUUCUGCGGACUGUUCUGAAUCGAAUCUGAACCACUUUUAUUGGACGAUUUAUUUUUUCUGGACAAUUGAAGCGCAUUCAUCUCUGGAGUAGAUCCGCAGAGCUGCGGUACGCAGGAGGAGAACUGCUGAACUCACGCUGCUCUGCUCACAGACAUCACGACACUUGGAUCGCGGUUCAUUCGAAGGUUUGGAGAAAUAACAGCGGUUCGUGAUCGCAAACGCAAAAUGAGUCGGUUGGUUUUUAUAUACCUUUGGCUCGCGAGGGAUCUUCUGCUCGUCCACGCACAGACGCUUGGAUCAGAAAAUAAUCCGAGACUUCUGAGCAGAGGUACAGUCGGAGGUGGAUAUGAAUACCAAGACCUACAGAAACACAGUGUCCUAUUUUACGAUGAGGACUCUGAGGACAUGUAUGUGGGGGGCACUGACUUUGUGUUAAAACUAAACAUGAAUGACAACAACGUCAAAGAGAAAUUCCCUCUGAAAACAUCAGGGCUGUGCCAAGAGGGCUCCUGUGAAAAUGUCAUUACAGUUAUUGAGAAGUUUCAGGACAGCACGUUUGUCUGUGGAACGAAUGGAUUUAAACCACAAUGUUGGAAACUAUUUUCAUCAGUGAACAAUCAAUCUCACGAAGUAGUGGAGAGUUAUGAAGGGACGGGCAUCUCUCCGCUGGUGUACACACAGAACUCCCUGUCUCUCACAGUUGAGGGGGAUCUUUAUGCUGCAGCUGCUGUGGAUACUGACAGAAGUUCAUUGCAAUUCAGAAGGAGAGCUGGCAGAAGAGCUAAUGUCUGGAUGUAUGAAAACUGGGUCUCAGAGCCCACAUUCAUCUCUGCCUCCUGGGUGAAGCGAAUUGAAGACCCAGACCAAGAGAAGAUUUAUAUAUUUUUCUGGGAAAAGAACUCGGACCAUAGCCCAGAAGCUGACCCCUGGAUAUCAAGGGUGGCCAGAGUUUGCAAGGUGGAUGAAGGCGGAUCAAAAAGAUUCUUCCAGAACAUGUGGACAUCUUUCCUGAAGGCCCGUCUCGUCUGUGGGUUUCCAGAGGAAUCCCUGUAUUUCAACCGUCUCCUUGACAUUUAUGUGAUUCACGCCGAGGACUGGCGCAACACCAAAGUCUACGCGCUUUUCUCAAGCAGCUGGAACUCAACAGCAGUUUGCAUCUACUCUGUCGGAAUGAUUGAAGAAAUAUUUGAAAACUCAACUUUCAAAGGCUACAAAAAAAACAUUCCCAAACCAAGACCAGGAACAUGUGUAAAAAACAGUAGGAGUCUGCCACUGACCACAGUCAAUAUGGUGAAGGAAUACCCAGAGAUGACUGACUGGGUCCACUCUGUGCAAUACACAGCUCCGUUUUAUAUCAGCAGCAGCAGCUACAUCAAGAUAGCAGUGGACCAAGUCCAAGCCGUGGACCAGCACAGGUAUAACGUCCUGCUUCUAGCCACGGACUCCGGAAAGGUGCAUAAAAUCCUUGAGGCUGGAUCUGAAGCUUUCAUCAUCUCAGAAACGCAACUCUCCAACAGUUCAACCGUUCAAUCAAUGAAACUUGACUUCAAAAAGAAAAAGUUAGUCGUGGGGUUUGCCGAGAAAAUCUCCAUCAUGGACCUGCAGAGGUGUCAGCAGUAUAACAACUCCUGUGCUGAAUGUGUUUUGGCCCGGGACCCGUACUGUGCCUGGACUCAGUUGGGAUGCAACCCGAAUGUUCCUGGAGGCAUUCAGAAUGUCAUGACUGGGGAAACAUCUGUGUGCUCGGAAUCUGUAGGAGGUAAUGGUGACCUCCUUCUUUUAGAACCGAGGAAAGUCAGCCGGACCAAACGGGAUAUAGUUUCACCAUCACCAGAGAAUUUGGGAGCAGUUCAUUCAGUUCCCCUGGGUGUCCCCUUCUACCUGUCGUGCCCCAUAGACUCUUACCACGCUGUCUACACCUGGAAGCACAGAGACCAGAGCAGCCCGUGUCUGCAAAUGCAGUCUAACUGUCUGCACCUCAUCCCUGCCAUGGCAGAAGAGAACUAUGGCACCUACGAGUGUGUUUCCAAAGAGAAAGACUACACAAAAGUGGUGAAAAAAUAUCACCUUAAGCAGCAACUGAUCACAGACACAAAGGUAGGGAGCGAUGUCUCUCAUGACCCAAAUGAUGCAUCGGCUGCUGUGUCACAUACAGUACUGAUCCUUCUAGGACUGGCUGUAGAAAUGUUACACUAAUUACUAUUUAAACUUUAUUCUAUCUGCAAUAAUUAUCAGGCUUUGGGUCUCUGCAGGAGAGAGUCAGGCUAGGAUGCAUUCAGGCUAGGAAUUUGGCAGCAACAGCAACAGCAACAAAUCUCAACAAGAAACAGUUCCGCUGUGAACUUAAAACCUUCAUAAUGCUUCUGCUCACAGAGUAGACGUGCACGGCAGAACAGUUAGGGUUCAAAUAAAGAAACCAGAACAGGAACGGGAACAGGAUGGUGUGAUGGAGGGCGAAAGCAAAGAACAAAGGCAGCAGCAGAAUGCUGCUUUGUUCUGAGGGACUGUAACCUUUCUGUAAUCUUUCUUCUAAGACAAGGAAAUAACAGAGGGUUUAAGAAGGAGGACAUUUCUUUUAACAGGGUUUUACCUGUGAGUCUGACACCCAAACCCACCACAAAAGUAAAAUGCUGAGAUCACGAGUGAAUAAACUCCCAGUCGCACGGCCACAGGUAAUAUAGGGUGAUUAGGUGUGGUGAACUUCUAAGACCAGGACAUGUAGAGGCCAGCAUCUCGCUCUCUGGUUCAGCAGAGCUCAGGAAAAUGUUCCUGUUUAAGAUUUCUAUUUUCUGUUCCCCGUUUAGGGAAGUAAAUGGUAAACAGUCUGUAUUUAUAUCGAGCUAUUCCAGUCUUGAUGACCCAAAGCACUUUAGAGUAUUAUUCCAAUUCACACAUUCACACUGUGCAUCUGUGGGCAGCACGUUCCCUUUGAGGAUGGUGCAACCUCCAUGGGCAAUUUCAGGUUCAGUAUGUUGCACAGGGACACUUCGGCAUAUGAAAGACUGGGGUCCAACUGUUGAAUUUCUAGUUAGAGGAUGACCUGCUCUACCCCUUGAGCCACAGCCAACCAAGAGGCAAACAGAUAUUUUCACAGAAUGUCCCUGUUUUGUUCAACCCCUCCCACUGUUUUAACCUUUAUUUAUAUAAUUCCUCCCAUUGUCCGCAAAUAAAGCCAAAAUAUAUCUCGGUUAUGCUUUUAGAGCCAGAGUCUGUGCAGCCAGUCAGUGUCAGCGAGCUGCUUAUUAAAAUGUACACCUCCUUCUUAAGGCACUUCGUUUCAUUUUCCACAUUUUGGACAAAACCUGUAAAUGUCACUGAAUUGUAUUUAAAUACAGAACCAGGGAUCAACAUUAUCUGUGGCAGGAGCAAUACAUGUCAAUGUAUGUAACUUUAGUUGAAGAGCAGCUACUAAGGCUAACAAGUCAGAGAUUUAUUUACUUAUUUAAUUUAUUUUGAAUCAAACUCCUGAGUGCAAUGAGGUGACUAAUCGUUGGUAAGAAGGUUUAAAUCUUAUCUCUUCUUCAAUAGUCUCACUUUAACGCAAGACUCCUUAAUAACUACUACGUUUAAUAUUUAUUAUGUUAUAAUAUAUAAAAAGUUCUGGUACAAGCUUCUCAUAUAUUUUAUUACCAAAUCUUGUUUCAUAUGAGACAUUUCUAUAAGUGCAAUGUGUUCUUCCUUUGCAGUAUUGUUAUUUUUUCACUUUUGAUUGCUUGAAAAUGUUAGUGAACAUUACUGAUCUAAAUAAACAAAUAAACAGCUGAACAAUCAUA